UGACGCUCUGAGCUCAGCUGGUGUUUUUGAAUAGAUAGCUACUUCUCAGGUGAUUUAAAACAGGAUGACAGAGGAGGCAGACGCCGGCAUUUCUUUACGGGCGGAGAGGAAAGCGUUGGAAAAGUCCAAAAUACUGCAACGAGAAAGCGAGAGGAAGAUCUUCAAACUGGUUGGAAGAGUCCUGAAGAAACCGGAGGCUGAGCGGUCAGAGGAGGAGGCCGCUGUGUUGUUGUUGCAUAGAGAAACUGUGGAGGAGCUCUGUAAGAGACAAGUCCGCAGAAAUGUGCUCAAGAGGAAGCAGGAGGAGGUAUUUGAUGAUGCUGAUGAGCUGAAAAGUAAAGUCAGGCAGCUCGCUAUGGCAGUCAAACAGGCGAAACACCUUGUGGUUUACACGGGAGCCGGUAUUAGUACGGCAGCUUCUAUACCAGACUACAGGGGCCCUAAUGGGGUGUGGACACAGCUACAGAAGGGACGGACAGUCAGUUCGUCUGACCUGAGUAAAGCUGAGCCGACCCUCACGCACAUGUGCAUUAGGAUGCUUCAUAAGGAAAAGCUGGUGAAGCAUGUUGUUUCUCAAAAUUGUGAUGGACUUCACUUGCGCAGCGGUUUACCCAGACAUGCCCUGUCUGAGCUGCAUGGAAACAUGUUUAUUGAGGUGUGUACCUCCUGUUCCCCGGUCAUUGAGUAUGUGCGUUUAUUUGACGUGACGGAGCGGACGUCGCUGCACCGGCAUGGGACAGGCCGCAGGUGCAGCCAGUGUGGUGGCGAACUCAGGGACACUAUAGUGCAUUUUGGGGAACGUGGGACUCUGGAGCAACCUCUUAACUGGAAGGGAGCUGCGGAGGCUGCCAAGAUGGCAGAUGUUAUCCUCUGCUUAGGCUCCAGUUUGAAGGUACUAAAGAAAUACGCCUGUCUGUGGUGCAUGAACAGACCCGCAGGCAAAAGGCCCAAACUCUAUAUUGUCAACCUCCAGUGGACACCAAAAGAUGAUCUCGCUGAGCUGAAAAUUCAUGGCAAGUGUGAUGAUGUCAUGAGCCUUCUCAUGGAGGAGCUGAGCAUUCAGAUUCCUGUGUAUGACAGGGCUGAGGACCCCAUCUUCAGUCUAGCCACACAACUGCAGCCAGAAGAGGUUGACAGCUGUACUCGUGAGAUCAUAGCUCCCCAUAAUGGGCAGGAGGACUGCUUAACUCACCCUGAGGAGCCGACAGAUGUAGCCGUAGCUGUGCAGGGUGGCUGGUUUGGACGAGGCUAUGGCAAAGGAAGGAGGAAGAAAAAAGCAGCAUAAUCCAGGGUACUUUAUACAUGCAUACAGGGUGGUGAAGUGGUCAAUGCCAAUGAGGAAUUAACCUUUCUGUUCCAUGAUGAGGAUGAGUUAAACUUUCAAGUGUAUGGUGCUAUUAGCAUUUAGGUGUGUGUGUGUGAGAGAGAGGGGGGAGGGUAACAAAUAGGUUAAGGUUGGGCAUGUUGUUGUUAUGGUUGAGGUAAGGAUAAGGCGCUAGGGAAUGCAUUAUGGCAAUGAGAUGGAUAGAGGAACGUGCAUGCGCACGCGUGUGUGUGAAGGGGAAAAUAAGUUUGAGUAUUUACCAUUUGAAAAGGACAUUUUGCACCAUGAACAUAUUAUUUUAUACAACAAAGGUUUUAGUAAAGUAGCAGCUAAGCUAGCUGUGUUAGAGCCUAAUAUCAACCAAAUAUGGCAAACUGACUCCUAAAGUAAUAACAGUAAGACAAAGUUUAAAUAACAAAACAAUGAAGUGAUUUUUAUUUUCUCACACCCUGUAGGCUUAAGAAGAAGUGAAAAGUUACCUCAUUGACACAACAAAUGCUGUCAGUUUUAAUCCAGACAGUCACAGUGGAUACCAGCAGUAACACGUUUUGAUUAAAAUGAACCAUAAAGUCCAAAGAGUGUUUUGAAACUACUCCUGCAGCAUUAUCAGUAUCUCUGCUGGUCACAAACUCUCAACAACAGCACAAAGUUUUUACUGACACAUUGAAGCCUACAGGUGAUGAGCAUGACUGUUAAAUGUGUAUGUUGAGCAUUAGCUAGAUCUAAUGGCCACUUGGCUACUAAAGUGUAAGUUACUGUAUAUAUACUCAUUGGAAGGGAAAUCUUUCACUGGAAAACAAGUGACUUGGUGUUAAAAAGUGGCAAAUGCCAGUAGUACAACAGCAGCAUACAAAUGGCCAUUUUUUUAUUUCUGUGCUGCCACAGCUUUUACUGAGAAGGGAUUUGAAAAGAUCCAGGUCAAAAAUGAUCUACGUGUUAAAGUAAAAGUUAUUUUUGUAGUCUUUUUCAGACGUUCAAAACUUGCAUUGUUAAAUGUACCUUUUUUAAUCUAGCUUAUUUGUGUUGAUGUCUAUUUCCGGUUACUUAAAUUGUUUCCUGAACUCAGUCGACCUUUAACUCUGCUGUCACCUAUCCUCAGGUCUGCAGGCUAUGUAGUGCAGUCAGCUACUCUACUGUACUUUGGAUUACUGAAGUGGUUGAAUUUACCUGUGUUUACAUUUUUAUCUCAACUUUUCUGCAGGCGAUGCAGAAACUGUGCCACUGUCACUUCUUUCUCUACUGCAGUAUAAGAAGGAAAGCUGAUUUUUUGAAUGUUUUUUUUAGUUGUUUGUGUCAUGUUAAGUUACUGUUUACUCAAGUGAUUGGAAAAAUCCAAAUAUGUUUCUGUUACUUUGUCUCAGGAAGAUCAAGUAUUAUUAAUAAUGCCAUCCUUUGUUAGAAGUUAUAAAAGGCCAGACUAGCCAUGAUAAGCUAGAGUUCAGCAUUCCUAAAACUCCUCCAGUGCUGAAACUGGAUGUGAAGACUCCUUGGUUUUCAUUGUAUUUUGCAAAAAAAGAUGCUAUAUUUGUGAGACAAUAAAGUGUUGCUCAUUUUAA